AUGGCAGCCUCAUCACCCAUAUCGAAUACGGUCUACGUCGGCCCCUUUGUGCACAGCGAAUCGCUCUCAACACUUGAGAUCCAAGACCGCGGCGCCAUCUUCGUGGACUCCUCCGGCAUGAUCCGUUUCGUCGAAAAAGACAUCCAAGAAGGCGACCUGCCCAAUAUCAUCCAACAGAAAGGCGACUCAUGGACGGACGCGAAAAUCGUCGAGAUAGCCGGCACUGGUUUCUUCUUCCCCGGCUUCAUAGACACCCACGUUCACGCCCCUCAACACCCAAACACAGGUCUGUUCGGAAAGACCACAUUACUAGAUUGGCUCCAAAAAUACACGUUCCCCAUGGAAUCUUCCUUCUCAAAACUCCCCCUCGCCCACCGCGUAUACCAGAACUUUGUCUCACGAACCCUAUCCCACGGCACAACAACAGCCGCCUACUACGCCACCAUCCACGUCCCCGCCACCAACGCCCUCGCAGACAUAUGUCUAGCGCGCGGUCAAAGAGCACUAGUAGGCCGCGUAUGCAUGAACAGCGACCUAAGCCCCGAGUACUACAGAGACUCAAGCACAGAAACAAGCUACGCGGAUUCAAAAGCCAGUAUCAACUACAUCCGCUCCAUCGACCCCAAAGGCGAGAUCGUGAAACCAAUCAUCACACCCCGGUUUGCGCCGAGUUGUACACCGGAUUGCCUGACUGCUAUGGGUCGCUUGGCGAAAGAAACAGAUACGCAUGUGCAGACGCACAUCUCAGAGAAUAAAGGCGAGAUUGAACUCGUCAAGGAGUUAUUCCCUGAUAGCAAAAGCUACGCAGAUCGCACGCCGUCCAUCUCACACCCGAGGAACGCAAAUUAG